CUAGGCAUGCAGACUGCUUCUACAAACAUUUGUGAAUGUAUGGGUCGCUCUCAGGAGCUCAGUGAAUUCAGGUCUGGUACCAUGAUAGGUUGCCAACUGUGCAAUAAGUCCAUCCUUGAAAUUUCCUUGCUAUUAAUAUAUCCAUGGUCAACUGUUAGUGGUAUUGUAAUAAAGUGCAAGCAACUGGGAACAACAGCAACUCAGCCCGCCACUAGACUUCAGAGCAGUGGAGACCUGUUCUCUGGAGUGACGAAUCACUCUUCUCUGUCUGGCAAUCCGAUAGACGUGUCUGGGUUUGGUGGUUGCCAGAACAGUACUUGACUGACUGCAUUGUGCCAAGUGUAA